AUGGCAUCUUCUUCGGCUCUCCCUUCACCUCAGGCCGCCGCCGGCAUCCCCGCUGGAAUGGAAAAUUUCGUGGUUGGCCUGAUUGGUAUGGGAGACAUGGGGAAGAUGUACGCGCAGAGGCUUUCUGCCGCUGGAUGGAACUUAUACUGUGUCGGAGAGAAAAGAGGAGGAUCUGCAAGAACGGGGAAGAUGGCUGACGUCCCGGGUGUCGGCAGGAUCAUGGCUUGUGACCAGGAAGAAAAGUACGAGAGCCUGAAAGAAGAGUUCUCUGGAAAUAACAAUGUCCAAAUUUGCCGAAAUGGCCACUACGUCUCCCGCGCCAGCGACUACAUCAUCUACAGCGUUGAAGCUGCCGCCAUUGACCGCGUGAUCGCCCAGUAUGGACCUUCAACCAAGCUCGGCGCCAUCGUCGGCGGCCAAACCUCCUGUAAGGCCCCUGAGAUCACAGCUUUUGAGCGUCACCUCCCCACCGACGUCGAGAUCGUCUCCUGCCACUCCCUCCACGGCCCCAACGUCGACCCGCGCAACCAACCCCUCGUCAUCAUCGGCCACCGCGCGUCCGCCGUCGCCGUCGCGAGAGUCGAGACCGUCCUUUCCGUCCUCGGCUCCAAGCACGUCCACCUCACGGCCCUCGAGCACGACCGCAUCACCGCCGACACCCAGGCCGUCACCCACGCCGCCUUCCUCUCCAUGGGCAAAGCCUGGCACGCAAACACCCAGUUCCCCUGGGAGAUGUCGCGCUACGUCGGCGGCGUGGAGAAUGUGAAAAUCAACAUUAUGCUGCGCAUCUACUCCCAAAAGUGGCACGUCUACGCCGGCCUCGCGAUCCUCAACCCCGAGGCCCGCAAGCAAAUCUCCCAAUUCGCCCGCUCCGUCACGGACCUGUACAAGCUCAUGCUCGAAGGCAACGCCGUCGCCCUCCGCGCCCGCGUCCUCGCCGCAAAGGAAAAGGUGUUUGGCCACGACGGCAGCCCCAAGUGGGCUGACCGGCCCCUGCUGAACCCGGACCUCCUCGAGCGCUUCUCCCUCGGGAAAAAGGAGGACCAGACGGAGCCGCAGCGCGCAAACAACCACCUCAGCCUGCUGGCCAUGGUGGACUGCUGGGCGCAGCUCGGCAUCGUUCCCUACGACCACAUGAUUUGCUCGACACCGCUGUUCCGGCUGUGGCUCGGCGUUGCGGAGCACCUAUUCCGCAGCCGCGAGCUGCUCGACGACGCGCUGCGGACGGCGGUGGAGGACCACACGUACCGCUCCGACGAUCUCGAGUUCACGUUCGCGGCGAGGGGGUGGGCCGAGUGCGUUUCGCUGGGUCACUUUGAGACGUGGAAGAACCGAUUCGAGACGACGCAGCAGUUCUUCCAGCCUCGGUUUAAGGAUGCCGUGGCUGUGGGUAAUGCCAUGAUGAAGGCUGUACUGGAGAGCACCAAGAAUUGA